UUGUAUUCACUGGCUGCAAUGCAGUAGAUACUUUAUUUUAUUUUUGUUAUACAUUAAGAAACAACAUAUUAAUAAUGAUUAGAAUAAUUCCUUUUGUGUCUAUUAUUUUAAUCAAUGGCUAUGUGACGGAACAAGCAUAUUUCUUGGAAAAAGAUUUCAUUAACAAAAUCAAUGAAAAGGCAACAACAUGGAAGGCCGGUGUUAAUUUCAACCCAAGUACACCAAAAGAACAUAUUUUAAGACUUUUGGGAUCUAAAGGAGUACAAAUUCCUAACAAAGUUAAUUAUAAAAUAUACAAAUCUGAGGAUGACGCUUACAAAUCGUAUGUGGAAAUUCCCAUAAAAUUUGACGCGAGGAAACAAUGGAUACGUUGCAAAACAAUCGGAAAAAUCAGAGACCAAGGAAAUUGUGGAUCAUCUUGGGCGUUGGCGACGAGCUCAGCAUUCGCUGACCGUUUGUGUAUAGCUACAAAUGGAGAUUUUAAUCAAUCGCUAUCCGCCGAAGAAAUAACUUUCUGCUGUCAUUUAUGCGGUAACGGAUGUUACGGUGGUUAUCCGAUAAGAGCUUGGAAACGUUUUAAGAAACACGGUCUAGUAACUGGAGGAGAUUAUAAAUCAGAAGAGGGAUGUGAACCAUACAGAGUGCCGCCUUGUCCCUAUGAUGAACGAGGAAAUAAUACAUGUGCAGGUCAACCAAUGGAAUUGAAUCACAGAUGCAAGAGAAAAUGUUAUGGAGAUCAAGAUCUCAAUUUCAAUGAAGAUCACAGAUACACUAGAGACUACUAUUACCUAACUUAUAGAAGCAUUCAAAAGGACGUCAUAAAUUACGGGCCAAUCGAAGCAUCGUUUGAUGUGUAUGAUGAUUUUCCUAGCUACAAGUCAGGCAUUUACGUGAGAUCGGAAAAUGCCUCAUAUUUAGGAGGACAUGCUGUGAAGUUGAUUGGUUGGGGUGAAGAACACGGAGUACCAUAUUGGCUAAUGGUCAACUCGUGGAACGUAACUUGGGGCGACCAAGGCUUAUUCAAAAUUCGACGAGGCACAAACGAAUGCGGAGUCGAUAACUCGACAACUGCUGGUGUACCGGUUACUACUAAAAUAUAAUAACUAAUUAAUUGUGCUAGUCAUAAGAGAACACUAUAAUUUUUUCGAUUAUGUAUAAAUAAAUAAUCUAUUCCUUAUUUUUAUUUUCAACGGUUACCUACUAAUUUGACAUCACGUCGAUUUUCAUGUUAUCUAUACAGAUAAGUGAAUAAUUGACGUCUUUUUAUACUCUGAUAUGUAUUAUGGUAAAGAUGUUGUUAAAUUAU